AUGCUCGCACUGGAGCAUUCACGCCACCAACAAUUCGUCGACCAAGUAUACGAUCUCGAGCAAAGCAUUCAAGCACCAUACCCAAGUCUAGCCAUGGAUUCAUAUGAUGCCGUCGACCCUAUGAUCUCCUUCCACCCACUUCCAUAUUCAUAUUUCGAAAACCCAUCAAUCUUUGCUACUACAGCACCCAUGCAGAUCAAGCAAGAAAUGCAUCAAAUGCAUGACUUGUCCCGAUCGACCAUUUCAUCAGGUUCGGCAGCCUCAAUCCCCAGUGCUUCAUCCUCAACAGUGGGGUCCCCCUACUCUGGUCCUUCCCACACCAUCGCCAGCCAGGAUGGCUUCGACCAUCACCACAACAUCGCAUAUGGUCUUGGUGUCAUGCCUACCAUUGUCAACCACGAAUCCUUUGCUCAAGAAUUCGGAAUGUCCUUGGAGGCGGAACUUCCCAUCCACAGCCAUGACAAGCUGUCAAAUAGCUUUGUUGGUAAGUAUGCCGAUCUUUCCUCUUCUCAGCUUCGAUCGUCGACUAUUUCUUUUCCUCUUUCUGCACCUACCCACCGCACUGCAUCCUCUCCAUACCAAGUUGUGCAUUCGACCGAGUCACCCGAGACUUUGACCAUCAAUACCUCUCUCAAUGGGCAGGCUACUGAUGCAUCACCGGCACUUCCCGCUUCCAUUUUCUCCUCUGCCAUCCAUUCCCCAGCGGAAGCAUCUAUCUCAACUCCCGUCUUCAAGUCUCCAACAACACCAGCAUCAGCGCGAUGGACUCACCCAAAGUCUUCCAUAUCCCCAGCCAUCGAUGGAUCAUGUCCAUCUUCUGCCCGUAGGAUGCCAACCCACCCGUCACAUCCCAUUGCCAUGCAUUUUCGUGACUCGCACGUCAAUCAGCCCGCCAACGCGCGCUUCCAGUCUCAUUUCUUUGCUCAAAGCAGUGGUAACUUCAUCCAACCACUUGAAACAUCCUAUCCUGCUCUGAUACACGCUCCUCAACCAUUUGGAGAGACAUCAUAUCCCGAGCAAGCACUGUUCCCCCCCAACAUGCAUUCAUAUUCAGCACUUUCUCCCUCUGGUUCACCAGCCCUGUCACCUCAACCCUACAACCACUAUGCACCAGCACAAUUUUCCGAAGCUAUGACAAACCCCAACUUUUAUCCACAACAAACACAGCUUAGCCGGCGGCCUUCGAUCGCUUCCUAUGGCUCCCGUUCAAGUCCCGCGUCAGAGUUCGAUGAUGAGGGGCGAGAGAAGGGUCGAUGCCCCCAUGCUGACUGCGGCAAAGUCUUCAAAGACUUGAAAGCACAUAUGUUGACUCACCAAUCCGAGCGUCCAGAGAAAUGCCCCAUCCUGACGUGUGAAUACAACCAGAAAGGCUUUGCCCGAAAGUACGACAAGAAUCGACAUACUUUGACGCAUUACAAGGGCACCAUGGUCUGCGGCUUCUGCCCAGGCUCGGGGUCUCCCGCGGAGAAAAGCUUCAACAGAGCCGAUGUCUUUAAACGACAUUUGACCUCUGUGCAUGGAGUAGAGCAGACACCUCCCAACAGCCGAAAACGCAGUCCAACUUCCAACAACCGCAAGCUUUCCAGCUAUUGCCAAGAUGCCACUGGCAAAUGCUCGACUUGCUCCCAGACCUUCAACAAUGCUCAAGACUUUUAUGAGCAUCUUGAUGACUGUGUCUUACGCGUGGUUCAACAAGAGGAACCCAGCGAGGCAAUUAAUGCACAACAUCUUGCGGCAAUGUCCAGCGACAGUCACGUGCAAGAAACCAUGGAUCUCCAUAUGAUCAAGACUGAGGAGAACCCAUCAAUGAGCUUCGAAGAUGAUGACGAGGAUGAAGACGACGACGACGACGACGAUGAAGAAGAUGAGGAUCCAUCGUUCCAUGGUCGUUCUGGUAAAGGAUCGAUCAAGACUCACAAACAUCCUGCUCAUGCACGAGCGGUCAUUGGCGCUGGUGUACAAAAGGGUAAAGCAGCGAAGAAGAGCAUGACUUGGUCCAAAGGAGGUGUUGCUCUGGCCGGAAAAGGCCGCAAGAAGAGAAAGCACUAUCCUCCUUCAUGGGGCAUGUCUGCUGAGAAGAUGCGCAUGAAGAAACGUGUGCUCUGUGUCUAUGAUGGAGGUCGUCGAUUGUGGAAAGACGACAUGAUGCUUCACAGUGAGUUUGAAGUUCGCCUACCAUUAUCUGAUGGCAAGAACUACGUCACCGACCUCGACGUGGAGACAAUGAAGAGAGCAGUUGCUUUCCACAAUUCGAGUGAGGAAGAGAAGGGGCCGUGGCUUGCCAACGCGGAAGAAGAUGCACAAGGCUUCGUUGACCUGAAUGCAUUGAUGGCAAUUUGA